GGGCGCUCCCGCCGCUUCCUGCGGGCACGGCCGGGACGGGGCGGGCCGGGACGGGUCGGGGCGGCGGCGGUAGCGGAGCGCGAGCCACCCUGAGCCGGGGAUGCCGGGAUGCCGGUGCCCGCGUGCCCGCAGCGCCCUGCCCUGAGCCCGGAGCCCAGCUGUGCCAUGGAGGAUCCGCCCGGCACCAGGACCGAGGCGUGGGCCGAGGGGCUCCAUAACGCCAACAACAACGCGUCCCCGGGGGGGUGGCCGGCUGCCCGCGGUGGGCACCCCCUGGCAGCUUUCGGGGGUCCCGGGGCCAAGCCCAGCUACCUGGACCGCGUGGUGCAGGAGAUCGUGGAGUCAGAGCGCACCUACGCCCGUGACCUGCGCAGCAUCGUGGAGGGUUACCUGGGCAAGAUCAUCGACGCGGAGGAGCCGGUGCUGCGACCGGAGCAGGUCAGCGCGCUCUUCGGGAACAUCGAGGACAUCUAUGAGCUCAGCAGCACCCUCCUGCAAAACCUGGAGAGCUGUGCCAAUGACCCCGUGGCUGUGGCCGUGUGCUUCGUCACCCGGAGCCAGGAAUUUGCCAUCUACACCCAGUACUGCAACAACUACCCCAGCUCGGUGGCGGCACUGACCGAGUGCAUGAGGAGCAAGGUCCAGGCACGGUUCCUGCGGGAAUGCCAGGAGCGCCUGCGCCACGCGCUGCCCCUUGGGGCCUACCUGCUCAAGCCUGUCCAGAGGAUCCUCAAGUACCACCUGCUGCUCCAGGAGAUCGCCAGGCACUUUGAGCACAAGGCGGGGGACGACUACGAGCUGGUGCUGGAGGCCAUCGACACCAUGACCUGCGUGGCCUGGUACAUCAAUGACAUGAAGCGCAAGCACGAGCACGCCAUCCGCCAGCAGGAGAUCCAGUCACUGCUGCUGGGCUGGAAGGGGCCAGACCUGACGAGCUACGGGGAACUGGUGCUGGAGGGCACAUUUCGGACACAGCGGGUGCGCCACGACCGUGCACUCUUCCUCUUCGACAAGGCCCUGCUGAUCACCAAGCGCCGUGGUGACCACUAUGUCUACAAGAGCCACAUCCCGUGCUCCUCACUGAUGCUGAUUGAGAGCACGCGGGACUCGCUGUGCUUCAGCCUGGCACACUACAAGCAUGGCAAGCAGCAGCACAGCCUGCAGGCCAAGAGCGUGGAGGAGAAGCGCGUGUGGACUCACCACAUCAAGCGGCUCAUCCUGGAGAACCACCACGCCACCAUCCCCCAAAAGGCUAAGGAAGCCAUCCUGGAGAUGGACCUGUUCUACCCCCCACGCCUGCCCCGCUGCAGCCCUGAGCGCCUGAAGAAGAGCUGGUCCUGCCAGCCCCUGGGUGACGCUGCCACCGAGCCACUCCAGGGACGCCGGCAGUCUGAGCCCUUCCAGCACCAGGGGCACACGGAGACGCUGCUGGAGCGGCUGCAGGGACACGGGGGGCGUAGGCAGUCGGGUGUGGACAGCGGACGGGAUCAGGGGGCUCGGGGUGCUGAUGAGUUGGGGGACACGGGGGUGAUGCCACUGUCACCUCCCCUUCCCCCAGAGCCCGCCAAGCACAACCUGUGGCACCUGGGCGAGCAAGGGCUGAAGAACACGGGCAGCGACGGGGCGCUCCUGGAAGUGGGGGAGCCACACCAGCACCCCAGAGCCUGGGCAACGGUUGAGGGCGUGGUGGCGGAGGAAGAGGAGGAGGAGGAAGAGGAGGCUUUGGGCAAGGACUGCCAGGAGGAGCUGCCAGGGUCCAGGGAUCUGCUGUUGGAGCUCCAGGAGGAGCAGGCUGGGGAACACCCAUGGGUGCUGGAGGGACCCAAGCGGCCGAGCAGCUGGGGGCCAGGGAGCUGUGAGAAGGUCAGUGUGACCCCCCGGCCCCCACCCGGGAGUGCCCAGGGACCCAGCACCCACAGCCCUAACAGCAGUGCUGGGGAGCACCCCAGGGUCCCCAGAUCCCCAUCCCUGGUGGGGACCCUGGCGCUGCCCAGUGGGGACAGGGAACCGGAGCACGCUGCGGAGGAUUUGCAGGUGCUGAGCAGUGAGGAAGAGGAGGAGGAGGAGGGGGAAGGAGCCGCCAGCAUCCUGCCACCCUCAGUGCUGGACCAGGCCAGUGUCAUCGCCGAGCGGUUUGGCGGCGGAGGCAGCUUGUCCCGAAGGAGCAGCCUGGCGCUGGAGGGGACCCUGGGACGCACCCCCAGCCACGGUGGCAGCACCCUCAGCCUGGAUGGGGGCCCCCCACUCGAAUCCAUGGAGCCCGAGGAGUCCCGCAGUGCCAUCCCCUCGCCCGAGCCUCUCAUCAGAGCCCGCCGGGAAUCGCUGCUCUCCAACCGGGACCGCCUGCUCCUCGACAAGAUCAAGAGCUACUAUGGCCACGCCGAGCACCGCGAUGCCGGCUUCGGGGUGCGCCGCCGCGAGAGCCUCUCCUUCAUCCCCAAGGGGCUGGUGCGGAGCUCCGUGUGCCGCCUCAAUGGGCUCCCUCGGCCCCCCGAGAGCCCUGAGCCCCCCACCCAGCCCGAGGCACCAGAGCCGUGCCAGGAGAACGGGGCGCAGCCCCCCGAGCCGCUGCUCAUCGUGGAGGAGGAUGACGUGGGCACCGCGGUGUCACCCCCAGGGCCACCCCCGCAGCUGCUGCUGACACCCCCUCAUCUGGGCACCAAGGUGUACCAGCUGGCUCGGCAGUACAGCCUCCGCAUCAAGAGCCGCCGCGCCGGCACCCGCCGCCCCCCGCUGCCGCCGCAGGAGGACGGGGACCCUCCCCCCAGCACCCCUUCGCUGGCUGUGCCGCAGGACGAGGCGCUGGUGGCGUCCCCGUCCCCGCGUGCCCCCCGCAGCCCCUCAAGCCCCUUGGACGCCGAACCCUUCGCCUGGCCCGACGUUCGGGAGCUCCGUGCCCGUUUCGGGGCCCCACGGCCGCCGCUGGUGAGCCGCAGCCGCUCGGCGCCCGAGGGUCCCGGCCGCGGUGGGCGCCCGGCCGGGAAGGAGCGGGGCAGCGGCCGGAGCCGCAGCGCUGAGGCCAACGGGGGCUCCAGCACCCCGAGCCCGGCACCAGCGCGGUACAGCAGUGAUGGGGCGCUGUGGGUGGCGGCCGAAGCCCCUCUGGGCCAGGGGCAGCGGGUGCUGGUGCUGGAGCGGCUGCCGCCGGAGCCCCCGGCCUACGUGCAGAUCCGCUCGCCCACCACGCGGGAGAAGAUCUGCCUGAAGGCGGUGGUGGAGCGCUGCAAAGCCUACCAGGCGUCCGAGGAGUACCGGCGGCGCUGCCCCGAGACCCCCGGCAGCCCCGAGCCGCUGCGCCACGGCCUCGUCAGGGACCUGCGGCAGAAGUUUCAGACCCUCGACGCUGCCAGCUAGGGGGGAACGGG